GCGCACCGGUUGGCGUAAGAAAAGCAAUAUGGCGUUUUGUGAUGUUGUGUCGACGAGCUUGUUUCGCAUGUUUCGAUGAUUUGCUGUGUUUAUUGAACACAUUUCGAUAAAAUUUCGACGAAAAAAUAUACAUUUACUAGUGACAUAGUGUGCUGAAGUGUGAUACCUAACAGUUUGUAUACCUACUCACCUUCAACAAUGUUGGACAAGUAGUGAACCCAAAGCUGCUGAACCAUGUCCCAGCCUGGGAUAGGAACCUCCUCUGCUUCUUGUCAAUGGCAUUGACUGGGUCGACGUGGAUUCCCCGGGCAUUUGUCGUUGGCGAGAAGAGGAUGCCGUACGCGAGCCCACCGGGAUGGCUGCUCCUGGUCGUUCUCGCAGCGGCCCUCUUCAGAAUAGCCGACGGUUGCUCCUCAAGGUCGACACCGAAACCGCGGCCCCCACAGACAACAGUACGGCCCAACAUAACAUUCCAGACGUACGCCUGUCCGGAGGCCUAUGCCAAGUGGUACUGCCUCAACGGCGCCACCUGCUUCUCCAUCAAGAUCGGAGAAUCCAUCCUCUACAAUUGCGAAUGUGCAGAUGGAUACAUGGGGCAGAGGUGCGAAUUCAAGGACCUCGACGGAACUUACUUGCCUGCAAGGCAACGGGUGCUCAUAGAGACUGCAAGCAUUGCCGGCGGAGUCACCGUGGCAGUUAUUUUCGUCUUUGUUAUAUCCGCAGCAAUUUAUCUAUACUACAGACGUAAGAGAAACAAAGAGACAUAUUACAGUGUGGCAGAAGUUCCGACACCUUUCUUUUGUGACAGAAGGAAGCUCCUAUCCCAAGAUGCCAGUAGAGUCCACAAGCAGACGGACCUUGAACGUGGGCACCACAACACGGCGGCCGCCGCCGCGAGGGCUUCGGACAGCUAAGGAGAGUCGUGUGUGCAACUAGAUAAAGCCGACGGCAUUCCAACCUCUCCGCACGUCCGUGCCCACGGCCUCCAUGGAAUUCCCAUUGCUUCCUUCUGUGACUAACGAACUCGUUGAAAGUUGAACUGCGUGGGACUACUGACCAUUACUUCUGGACUGUGCUAUUGCACACACAUAUUUAAGUUGUUUUAACGGGGGAAAAAAAGAUGAAACAAAGGAGUCUGCCAGGACUGGAAAAACAGCGUCUGCAAGUGCGUGCGUGUGUGUGCGUGUGCGUUCCUCCCAUUCUUAACACCGCUUCUGCCACGUUUUUGCCUCCGGCUCUUUUUUGCCCCCCCCCACAUCCCAACUCCCCCCUGUGUGAAUGUGAAAAGACUGCUGUGAACCUGCCAGUAGGUUGUUUGUGCCUCUGUUGGACAUUUAGGAUGAUGAUGAUGAUGAUCACGAUGAAGAGGUGGAGUUGCUUCUCGGACGAAGCGCACUCGUUGUUCUGUUUCUGCAUUUAAGACAUUCCCCCUCCCUCCGAGCCCCUUGAUGCCCGUAAAAAUGGGGUCUGGGUGUGUUAAGGGCAAAAAACAAAUCAAUCUGUUUCAUCGAGGUUUUAGCACGAAAUAUAUUGUUUCCGAAACGAG